AUGGCUUCCACCAUUGACUCCCUGCGAACCUUCCUCACGACGAACCCCGUCGCCGAUGCCGUCUCUGAUGCCGUCAACUCCUUUUCCAGCAGGAGAGCGAAGCUCGGCCUGUCCAACCCUGGCACCGUCGAGAGCUUGAGCAAGGAGGUGACGCGCGAUGUCUUCCUCAACAACUACAUGUUCACCGGCCUGCGUGCCGACGUGACCAAGGCCUUCAGCAUCUCGCCUCUUUUCCAGGUCUCCCACGCCUUCGCCAUGGGCGAGCGCCUCAACCCUUACACCUUCGCCGGUCUCUACGGCACGAGCAAGGUUUUCCUCCAGGGCAACAUGGACAACGACGGCCAGCUCUCCACCCGUUUCAACUACCGGUGGUCCGACAAGCUCGUCUCCAAGACGCAGCUCCAGGUUGUGCCCGGUUCCGGCCAGGAUAUGGUCCAGCUCGAGAACGAGUACACCGGCGACGACUUCACCGCCUCCUUGAAGAUGCUCAACCCGUCUGCCCUUGACGGCGGCAUCACCGGCAUCUUCAUCGGCAGCUACCUCCAGUCCGUCACCCCCAAGCUCGCCCUCGGUCUCGAGACUGUCUGGCAGCGUGCCGGCCUCACCCAGGGCCCCGAGAUGGCCACCUCGUACUCGCUGCGCUACAAGUCCGACGACUGGGUCGCCACCGCCCAGCUGCAAGCCCAGGGUGCUCUGAACACCUCCUACUGGCGUCGUCUGUCGGAGAAGGUCCAGGCCGGUUGCGACCUGACGCUGUCUCUCGCCCCCUCAGGCGGCAUGAUGGGUGGUAUUCAGAAGGAGGGCAUCGCCACCAUGGGCGCCAAGUAUGACUUCCGCAUGUCCACCUUCCGUGCGCAGGUCGACUCCAAGGGAAAGCUCAGCUGUCUCCUCGAGAAGCGCAUCGCCGCCCCCGUCAUGAUGACCUUUGCCGCCGACGUCGACCACUUCACGCAACAAGCAAAGAUCGGCGUCGCCAUCUCUGUUGAGGCCGCCGGUGAGGAUCUCCAGGAGCAGCAGGAGGUUCUCGGCGCCCAGCCGUCACCCAACAUUCCCUUCUAA